AUUCUCUCCUCUUCCUCUUCCAGAGCUGGUUCACUUCCUAUAGGGACUGAAAACCAAGUGAGGAGAUGAAAGAUUGCAUCGUAUUAUACCAGAGAUUACAGAGAGGAUAGACACUGUAGAUAGAUGCUGACUAUCCCCCAAGGAACAGCUACACAACUGUGGGAAGACAUCCAGUCCCAUCACAGCAUUACUCGACACAGAAAAGGUUGGGCAGUGAAACUAUCAUCUGGAAGUCUCGUCAGGGAAUUUUUGAGAUAUCAUCAGAUCUGAAACUGGUCAGUGGUGUGGAAUCUUCCAUCAGAACCAACCUUUCUGAAGAUUCAGCUGUGGGCGCUCAGUCAGGGUGAGGCUGGGAGGCAGUGUGACUGGCUUCAAGUGUGAUGACAGCUUUAGUUAUUCAUUGACCUCAUGAACCACUGACUCACUCGUAUAAAUAAAAGGCUGUUCAAGUAUGAGGUAUAUGAGGAGGGCUGCACAGGCUCAUAAGAUCUCCUGACAGCAUGACAGAAGAGAUACUUGGAAGUGAAGCCAUUCACAUGUGAUGUGUGGAACCGAAACUACACUCAGUUGAGAGCCAUGAGAGACAAACUGAUCGAUAGAAGCAGCAAGACUUUCAGCUGCAAGCUCUGUGACAAAUCAUUUUCACAGUCAUCAUCCCUUCAUGUGCACCAACGCAUUCACACCGGUGAGAAACCAUUUACAUGUGAAGUGUGUGACAAAUCAUUCUCAGACUCAUCAACCCUCCGUAAACACCAGCGUAUUCACACAGGGGAAAAACCAUUCACAUGUGAGGUGUGUGACAAAUCAUUCUCUGAUUCAUCAAACUUCCGUGCACAUCAACGUAUUCAUACUGGGGAGAAACCAUUUACGUGUGAAGUGUGCAACAAAUCAUUUUUGAAGGUAACAAAUCUCCGUGCACACCGACGCAUUCACACAGGGGAGAAACCAUUCACAUGUGAGGUGUGUAACAAAUCUUUUUCAAAAUUAACAAACCUCCGCAGACAUCAACACAUUCACACGGGGGAGAAGCUGUUCUCCUGCGAAGUGUGUGACAAAGCAUUUACACAGUCGUCAAAUCUCCUAGACCAUCAGACAGUGCACACAGGAGAAAAACCCUUCAAGUGUGAAAUCUGUGAUAAAGCUUUUGCCACAUCUACAAGGCUGCUGAGACACCAGAGAAUCCACACAGGGGAGAAACCAUUCAAAUGUUACGUUUGUGAAAUGUCUUUUAUCCAAACAUCAGAUCUCCUGAGGCACCAGCGGAUUCACACAGGGUAAAAAAUCAUUCACAUGCAAGGAGUACAACAAAUUGUUCUCACAGUCACCACUGCUCUGUUUACACUAAAGCAUUCCCAAAGGGGAUAAGCCAUUCAAGUAUGAGGUGCGCAAUCAAGACUUCAACAGUCAGUCAUCGAUACUGGUGAAACAUCAAUGCAUUCACACUGGAGUGAGAUAAAAAUCUUUUUCAGUCAUUCAUCCUCUAUGUAUGCCACCGCAAAGGAGAGAAACUGUCUACAUGGGAUACCCACAAAGUUAACCAAAUUCUGCAGACAUCAGCAUAUUGACACGUGUGGUGCAUAUAAACCCUUUACUAAGUCAUUUGAACCUCUUGGUUCACCAGGAAAUCUACAAGGAAAGAAACCUUCAAAUGUAAAGUUUGUCACAAAGCCUUUACAGGAUCAAUGCGGUUUUUGAUAAACCAGAUGUUUAAGCACAGAAAAAAAUCCUUCAGAUGUGGGGAUGGUGAGAUGGCUUUCAUCCAAUCUUCAAUCGCAUUAAGUUCCACGUGAUCUGCACACUGGAGAAAAUUCUUCAGGUGUACAAUGAGCAAUUUAUACAGUCAUUGGACUUUGUGAAAAGCCAGUCACAUGCAAUGUGUGGGACACACCAAUCUCUGACUUGCCCAGUCUUCUUGUACACUAGUACAUUAACAAAGAAGUCACUAUUCAUGUGGAAGUUGUGUCACAAAUCAUUUUGGUAGUGAUGGAAACACAUGUAGACCAACGUAUUCACACAGGAGAACCCAUUCAUGUACAAGGUGUAUGACAAACCAUCCUCUCAGUUGUCAAAAUGCCUCCUCUAACAGAGGAUCCACAGAGUAGGUUAGUCCUUCAGGCACAAGGUGUGUGACAAAACUUUCUCACAGUUAGCAUGUCUGCUGAACCAUCAAUAUAUUCACACAGCGAAAGAAGGUAACUGGGGAGAAUUCCAUUGUAAUACCUUCGGACAGUUGAAUCUCCUGGAACAUCAGUGAGUCCACUUGUGUGACAAACCCUGCCUGUGUGAUAUGCAUCAGGAUUGUUUCAGCUUCUCCUUCUCCCUUACAAGACACUGACAUCUCCACAUGGACUUAGAACGGGGUCCCCGGCUUUCGUUGCACUGAGAUCUGUCUGUGUUGUUUCCCAUCCAGUGCUCACAUAGGGGAGCUGUCAUUCCAAAGCGCACUCUGUCUCAAAUCUCUCCCAUCAUCAGUCAAAUUUUAUCAGAAAGGUCAAUUUAACCUUUGACCUGAUGGCCAAAGAGCACCAGAUGAAGACGUCAAUGUGUAUAGAAACUCCUCUAGCAUCCUUUCAGUGCAGCGUCAGGUACAAGUCACUCGCUGACUCUCACUUUGACCAAGAAGACAAUCAGAUACUCAGUGGUUAGAAAGGCUUCAGCUCCUGAUCGACCAGCACAAGCACUUGGGAGAGAAGCCAUUCCUGGGGUAGUAAUGGAUGUACUUCAAUUAGCCUCAGUAUCUGAGGGGAGGAUCAGCCGGGAAUCCUGUUACUUAUCACUGAGUCCAGCUGGGAAGUUAGGGGGAGGUCAGAAUGUGUUUCGGCUGUGACAGUCUCCAUUGUCUCACAACGUUCACUGUCUGGCUCUCCACAUGCUGAAUGGGCAGUUGGAACAGAGCAGUAGACGCCAAUUAAUGUCCGCAGUCUGUCCUCCAGGAGGAAUUGGAGGGAAUGUGGGAGGACAGCAACUUGCAUGUCUAAAGCAUCGUAAUAUAGUAAAACAUCUUAAAGUGUUUAACAUAGACAUCAUCAGACAAAAAUUAACACUGAAACAAAUAGAUAUUGGGAGUGGGUGACCAAAAAUAUGGCCAAAAGGGCAAAAACAGAACUUGCUGGAAAAACUCAGAAGGUCUGACAACAUCUGUGGAGAGAAAUUGAAGUAAAUGUUUUGGGUCGAGUGACCCUUCCUCAGAACACAUACGGCCAAAAACGUUGAAUUUAAGUGAAUUCAUGAUCACGGAGCCUGGAAUACGUGGUUGUCAACGGUCCAAGGAAAGGAGUGAAAUAGAGGGAUGUACUAAAGGACAGAAUUGCAAGAGCAUUGUGAUUGUGGUGCGUGAUGGGUCUAGAGAUGACAUCGAUAGAGACAGUGAGGCCAUGCACUGGAGCAUUGGAAUUUUAAAUUGGAGGUACUGGGGGACUGUAAAUCGGUGUGGGUCAGUGAGCACAGGACCAACAGAUGUGAUCGGAUGGAGAGUGCAGUGUUUUACUAGUGCUUAUGGAGAUGAGAAGAUGGGGAGCGGGCAGGAGAGCAUUGGAAUGGUCUAGUCUAGCCAAGAAGCAACAACUACAUGGAUGAGAAUUUCAACAGCAGAUAGUCUGAUGUGGGAUGGGAGUUGCUUGGAAAGAUGUUAGAGGGAGACACAUACAGCCACAGAGAUCUGCAACAUAGAAAAGGGCCCUUCAGCCCAUCACAACCGUGCUGGUCAAAAACAAUCUCCUAAUAUUCCAUAGAGAUAGUAGGAACUGCCAAUGCUGGAGAAUCUGAGGUAAUAAGGUGUAGAGCUGGUCAAGACCCGAAACGUCAGCUUUCCUGCUCCUCUGAUGCUGCUCGGCCUGCUGUGUUCAUCCAGCUCUACACCUUGUUAUCUCCUAAUAUUCUAUUUCCAUAUUCCAGCAGUUAGCCCAUUGCCUUGUUUAUCUUGUCAUCACAAGUGCAUGUCUAAAUACUUCUUAAAUGUUACGAGGGUUUCUGCCUCGACCACUUUUACAGGAAGUGAGUUCCAGAUUCCCACCAUCUUCUGGGUGAUAAACCUCCUGCCCCUUUCCUUAAACUUAUGCCUCCAAAUAUUGAUCCCUCCACCAAGGGGGGAAAUUUCUCCUUGUCUACGCAGUCUGUGCCCCUCAUAAUUUUAAGUAUUUCAAUCAUGUCCUCACUCAAUUUCCUGUGCUCUAAGGAAACAACCCUAAUCUGUCCAAUCUGUCUUCAGAACUAAAAUUCUCUAGUCCAGGGAACAUCCUGGUAAAUCUCCUCUCCAAUCAUCUAUCCCAGUGCAAUCACAUUCCUCCUACAACGUGGAUUCCAGAUCUCUCCAUGAUGCUCUAGCUGUGGCCCAAACAACAUUUCCCACAGUUCCAGCAUAACUUCACAGUUUUUAAAUUCUGUGUCUGAGCUAAUAAAGGCAAGUAACCAUACGCCUUAACCACUUUAUCUACCUGUCUCACUACCUUAAGGGACUGGUGUACAUACGCUUCGGUGCUUCCGAGGGUCCUGCCAUUCACCAUAUAUUCCCUUGCCUGCAUUUUGGUACAACAAACAAGGGCUUGGCUUAUAAAAUUAAUGGUAGGACCUUGAGUAGUGGUGUAAUACAGAGGGACCUGGAGGUGCAGGUACAUAAUUCUUUGAAGUUUGUGUUGCAUGUAUAGAGGGUGGUUAAAAAAGCAUUUGGCAUGUUUGCCUUCGUUGCACAGUCCUUUGAGUAAAGGAGUUGGAAAAUCAUAUUGAGGUUGUACAGGACUUUAGUGAGGCCUCUUCUGGAAUACUGUGUCCAGUUUUAACUGGCCUAUUAAAGGAAGGAUAUUAUUAAGCUGGAAAGGGUUCGGAAGAGCUUUAGCAGGAUGUUGCUAGGUAUAGAGGGUUGCGUUAUAAGGAAAUCUGGAUAGGCUGGGAAUUUUUUUACUUAAGCAUUUAUAAAAUAAUGAGAGGUAUAGAUAGGGUUCAUGGCAGUCGUCUUUUCACUAGAAUGAGGGAUUUCAAAAUAAGGAGACACAUUUUUCAGGUGAGAGGAGAAUAAGUUAAAGAAGACACGAGGGACAAAUUUUUUUACACAGAGGGUAGUUUGUAUGUGGAAUGAACUUCCAGAGGAAGUGAUGGAUAUAGGUACGAAUACAACGUUUAAAAGAUAUUUGGAUAACUACAUGAAUAGAAAAUAGGGAUAUGGGCCAGGAGCAGGCAGAUCAGAUUAGGUUAGUUUAGAAUUAUAGUUGGCAUGGACUGGUUAGACCAAAGUAUCUGUUUCUGUGCUGUAUAACUUUGAUUCCAUAAGUGUAUCAAUUCAUAUUUAUCCGGAUUGAAUUCCAUUUGCCGUUGAUCAGCCCAUUUGAACAGUCUGUCUAUAUCCUCCGGUAAUCUGAGGCUAUUCACCUCAUUAUUUGCUGCCCCAUCAAUUUUCAUAUCAUCUGUGAAUUUACUGAAAAUCUACUAUAUUUAAGUCCAAAUUAUUUACAUAAACCAUAAACAGCAAGUGUCCCAACACUGCAGAACCCAUUGGAUAUAGGCUUCCAGUCGCAAAAAAACCUCAGCCGUUACUCUCUGCUUCCUACCGUUCAGCCAGUUCUGGAUCCCAUGGGCUCUGUCCGUUACUAUCAGUCUCCUAUGGUGGACUUUAUCAAACACCUUGCUGAAGUUCAAGUAGACUACAUCCAAUGCAUUGCCCUUAUCUACGUACUUGCUCCCCUUUUCAAAAAAUGUGACCUCCCCUCAACAAAACUAUGCUGUUUGUUCUCGAUUAAUCCCUGCCUUUCCAAAUGCAGAUUAAUUCUUUUCCUCAGAUUUCAGUGAUCUUUGUGAUGGAGAGACUGUAGGUUAGGGAAAUUGGUGGUUGAAGAGGAUGAGACUGACCAAUUAUUGUUGGGGAUGACAGUGGAGAGAUUAAUUGAAAGGUAUUUAAGGAAUGUAGGACUGAAGUAAUCCUUUGAGCUUGUGACACCAUUCAGUUGGACCAUGGUUGAUCCAUAUUUUAACCCUGUCUACCUGCCUUGACUCUGUAACACUUAAUAUCCUUGUCCAACAAUAAACCUAUAUAUCUCAGUUCGGAAAUUUUCAUUUGACCUCCAUGUUCAACAGCCUUUUGUGGUGAGAGAGUGCCAGAUUUCCAGUUGCCUUUUUGUGAAGAAGUGUUUGCUGAACAGCCUCGCUCUAAUUUUAAUGCCCUGCCCCUUGUUCUGGUUCUCCUACCACAAUGAUCAUUUCUGUCAAACUGAUCACUUAAAUAGUACCCUGUUAAACCUAAAUAUUGUUAAGAAGAGAUGCAUUGUUGAAGGCUUUGAUGUUGGUCUCAUCAAGACUGGGUGACAAGAACCCAAACUCUCAAAGAGAACACCAAUUUAUAUGGCAUAAAAAGGGGGGCUUGAGGCCAAGCCUCUGAUGUCUGAAUUUAUUUUCAUAGAACUUGGGUACAGUGAAACUUGUGCAGUUGUAAUGACCAAAUAGAUGCCAUGAGAUCCUCUGGAGGACCUGUUCUUGCUGAUACCUUAAAUAAAAACCGAAAGAACUGCGGAUGCUGUAAAUCAGAAACAAAAACAGAAGU